UUGGGACUUGAACUGGCUGCAUUCAUAGGUAUGAGUCCACCUAACAGCCUUGUGAUCCCUCCUACAGGCUGGCUGCUGGCUCUACGAGGUUCUGUGCAGGCAUCAUAAGCACUGCCAGGCACUCGGGCAUUGAGCAGAAGAUGGCAGACUAUUCAAACAAACUGUACCAGCAGCUAGAGCAAGAAACAGGGAUCCAAACAGGUUACAUACGGACAGGCUCCAUCUUUCUGGCCCAGACGCAGGACCGGCUGAUCUCCCUGAAGCGCAUCAACUCCAGGCUGAAUGUGAUAGGCAUCCCUUCUGAGAUCAUCUCCCCCAAGAAAGUGGCCGAGCUGCACCCUCUGCUCAACGUGCAUGACCUGGCGGGGGCCAUGCACGUCCCCGAGGACGCGGUGGUGUCCUCUGCUGACGUGGCUCUUGCCCUGGCAAGUGCUGCCUCCCAAAAUGGUGUUCAGAUCUAUGACCGGACAAGUGUUGUUCACGUGUUGAUCAAAAAAGGUGAAGUUACUGGCGUGGAGACAGAUAAAGGACAGAUCGAAUGCCAGUAUUUUGUCAACUGUGCUGGUCAGUGGGCAUACGAGCUGGGUCUGUCCAACGAGGAGCCGAUUAGUAUCCCGUUACAUGCCUGCGAACACUUCUACCUCCUGACUCGCCCCUUGGAGACCCCUCUGCAGAGCAACACACCAAAUAUUGUGGACGCAGAUGGCAGAAUUUAUAUUCGCAACUGGCAGGGCGGCAUCUUGUCUGGGGGCUUUGAGAAAACCCCAAAACCAAUUUUCACUGAGGGCAAGAACCAGCUGGAGAUUCACAACCUACAGGAAGACUGGGACCACUUUGAGCCCCUGUUGAGCUCCCUCCUGCGUAGGAUGCCAGACCUAGAGACACUGGAGAUCAUGAAGUUGGUCAAUUGCCCUGAGACCUUCACACCAGACAUGAGGUGCAUCAUGGGCGAGUCUCCUGCGGUUAAGGGCUACUUUGUCCUGGCAGGAAUGAACUCUGCUGGCCUUUCGUUUGGUGGAGGAGCUGGAAGGUACCUCGCUGAGUGGAUGGUGCAUGGUUAUCCCUCAGAAAACGUCUGGGAGCUAGACCUGAAGCGUUUCGGAGCCCUGCAGAGCAGCCGCACCUUUCUGCGCCACCGGGUCAUGGAAGUCAUGCCUCUGCUGUAUGAGUUAAAGGUUCCUCGUUGGGACUUCCAGACAGGGAGGCAGUUACGCACAUCCCCUCUCUAUGACCGGCUGGACGCACAAGGAGCCAGGUGGAUGGAAAAGCAUGGAUUCGAGAGGCCAAAGUACUUUGUGCCACCAGACAAGGACCUCCUGGCUUUGGAGCAGAGCAAGACAUUCUAUAAGCCGGACUGGUUUGACAUUGUGGAGUCUGAAGUCAAGUGCUGUAAGGAAGCCGUAUGUGUCAUUGACAUGUCCUCUUUCACAAAGUUUGAAAUAACAUCCACCGGAGAUCAGGCAUUAGAAAGUCUGCAGUACCUCUUCUCCAAUGACCUUGACGUGCCCGUGGGCCACAUCGUGCAUACCGGCAUGCUCAAUGAGGGUGGAGGAUAUGAAAAUGACUGCAGCAUAGCGCGCCUGAACAAGCGCAGUUUCUUCAUGAUUUCUCCAACCGACCAGCAGGUCCACAGUUGGGCCUGGCUUAAGAAGCACAUGCAGCUAGACAGCAACCUGCUCCUGGAGGACGUCACCUGGAAAUACACAGCCCUCAACCUGAUUGGUCCUCGAGCUGUGGAUGUGCUGUCCGAGUUGUCCUAUGCCCCGAUAACUCCAGACCACUUCCCAAGCCUCUUUUGCAAGGAGAUGAGUGUGGGCUAUGCCAACGGGAUCCGGGUGAUGAGCAUGACUCACACGGGAGAGCCGGGCUUCAUGCUUUACAUCCCCAUAGAGUAUGCCCUACAUGUCUACAAUGAAGUGAUGAGUGUGGGGCAGAAAUACGGGAUCCGGAAUGCUGGGUAUUAUGCUCUUCGUAGUCUCCGAAUUGAGAAGUUUUUUGCCUUCUGGGGUCAGGAUCUGAAUACCCUCACCACCCCCCUGGAAUGUGGACGAGAGUCUCGGGUGAAAUUUGAGAAGGGGCUGGAUUUCAUUGGUCGAGAUGCCCUGCUGCAGCAGAGGCAGCACGGGGUGUACAAACGCCUGGCUAUGUUCGUCCUGGACGACCACGACACAGACCUGGACCUCUGGCCCUGGUGGGGCGAGCCCAUUUACCGGAACGGGCUGUACGCUGGCAAGACCACCAGCAGUGCCUACAGCUACACCCUGGAGCGCCACGUCUGCCUGGGCUUCGUGCACAACUUCUCCGAGGACACUGGGGAAGAGCAGGUGGUGACGGCAGAUUUCAUCAACCGGGGCGAGUAUGAGAUUGACAUCGCGGGACAGCGGUUCCAGGCCAAGGCCCGGCUCUACCCGGUCGCCUCCCUCUACACCCAUAAGCGCCGAAAGGAAGACGUGGAGCUAAGUGACUUGCAUGGGAAGUAAUGCCAGACAGUCUUACCGUCUUAGGAGCCUCUGUCCUGAUCCUGUCCCUCUUCUCGGUUUAACCUUUACCUUCCAUUUCUUAUCUCCUUGGUAUCAUUUUAAACUUUUUGCUUUGCA